AUUUUUAUGAGCCAACAGAAUAAAAAAUUAUCGCAUUUGGUGAAAUUGACAAAAGAAAAAAAAUCGUGCAAAAUCAUCCGAAACCUUAUUGCAAGUGACUAAAACGAAAAGAAAGACGGUAUUGCAUUCUUGUGGAAAACCAUUUUGGCCUUAUGAGGCCUUCGUAGAUAUAGAAAGUUAAUAGCCGAAAAAUCAUUAAAAACGGACAACGUGUUUUCCCCAAAUAAAGGCCGUCAGUCAUGUCGGCCGCUGACUCUAAAACUCAGCAAACAAUACAUCAGCCGUCGCUGUCACAAUUGUGGCCAGAAUUUGGGACAUCUUCCGAUAAUGACGUGACAGCAAGUGAGGUUUUUAACAGGAGAGAUGGCGUUGAAGAUAAAGGCGAUAAUAGCCCUGGUGCAUUGGGGCUUUCCUCUUUCGGCAAGAGCAAUAGCAAAAGUAACAAUUACGUAAAUUUUAAUCAAUUCAUCAUGCAACAUAAUUUAUUGGGAACUAAUGGUGGCGGUAAGGAUGAAAUGGUAAACAACGAAACGGCUUACACAAACUUAACCAAUGUUUUCAAUACUGGGGAUGAUUUACUGGGGGUUAACAAGCUCUCGUACAAUAACAACACCAACACUAUUGGAGCAGAUUCGUUUUACCAACGAAAUUAUUAUUCUCCUGGAAAUCCCUUGGGUUUCUCAUAUAAUCAAAAUGCUGCAAAUAGCAUUUUUAGUGAUGGUCUAUCUUCUAAUAAUAUAUAUACGGGGGGAGCAGCACAAAAUUUAUACAAUAGAGGCAAUAACAACAACAACAACAACAGCAUAAACAAUAGCAACAGUUACGAACAAUUAUAUACGCCUUUCAAUAGCAAUACCACGUACUAUGCAAAUCCAUUCGCGACAGGAUUCGAUUUUACAGCAACAAAAUUACAAGUAAACGCACCUGAAUUUGUGCCACGUUUCGAUAAACUUUCGUUGAACGAAAAUCAAACUAUAUGGAAUAACAAAGAUAAUGUAUUAUUUGAUGAACAGAAAACUGAUCUGGCGGCUGCUUUCAGUAAUUCUCAAUGCGGCUCACAAACCGAAGAAAACCUGGCAAAGAAGGAAGAGCAGAAAUUAACCGUAAAAGGACAAGAGGACUUCGUUAAAAGUGCGCAAAAAUAUGAUACAUCUCAAGAUAAAAUAGAAAAACAAACAGAUGACGAUGGAGGAAGUAGUAAUUACAAUCCCCACAUUCAAAAAAAAUCUUACAAUCGUAUCGAAAAAAAUAUGGAAAGAUUUUCACGUAAUUUUUUGGAUAAUCAACGGAAUGACUGCUCGCCUAAUUCCAAUUCAUCAUCGUCAUCAACAGGAAUGGUACAAAAGGCAAGCGGUACUCUCAAUAAGUUAACGAACGACGCUAACGAAGAUAAAAUUCACCAAACAGAAAUUGUUCAAGAGAAAGCAAGGCGUUUCCAGAACAGUCGUAGUCGUGGUAGUAUUGGUGGUGGAGGUAGUAUGCAGGACUAUCAGGAUCGUGAAGAUCGUUUUGAACGCUAUGUAGAGAGGGGAGAACGUUCCGAAAGAGGCUAUAAUAGUCACGGACAUCACCGUGUGAAUCGUGAUCGUGACUAUCAUCAACGUUACGAUAGCUAUCGUAGCAGCAAAAGACGUGAUGAUUGGAAUCGGAACCGUGAUCGCGUUAAUGGUUUUCGAGUGGAGGAGAAGUACUCAACUGACAACAUCAAAGAUAGUCCAUUGCAUUCACCUGAAAAGAAGUUGCAUAUUAGUAAUUCACCGAAGAAAUUCUAUCCAGAAAAUGAGAAAUUAUCGCAACGUGAAAAAUUGAUACGAGACAUUGAAACGAGACGUUUAGAGUGUUUGGUGUGUGUUGAACCGAUCAAGGGUCAUCAGGGUGUUUGGUCCUGUCACAAUUGCUAUCAUAUUUUGCACUUACAGUGCAUUGUCAAAUGGGCCUCAUCUUCCAAGUCAGAUGAUGGAUGGCGUUGUCCAGCUUGUCAGAAUGUUGUGAAAGAAGUGCCGCGCGAUUACUAUUGUUUUUGCGGCAAGAUAAAGAAUCCAUUGCAGAACAGGCAAGAUUUGGCUCAUUCAUGCGGCGAAGUCUGCAGUCGAGUUGAAAAUUGCACGCAUGCCUGUACUUUAUUGUGUCAUCCUGGACCUUGCCCUCCUUGUCAAGCCAAUGUUAAGCGAGAAUGUGGAUGCGGGAAAACAACUAAAAUUAUGCAAUGUUGUGUAAAAGAUACCGUAGAAUGUGAUGCCAUCUGUGACAAGUUAUUGAAUUGCGAAGUGCACCGAUGUCAAGAAAUAUGUCAUCAGGGCAAAUGUCCACCGUGCAAGGAAAAGGUAGAACAGAAAUGCCACUGUUCUAAGCAGGAACGUCAGGUGGCUUGUACUCGUGAAUCCCACGAUAAACACGUCUACUCAUGUGGAAAACCCUGUGGCAAGGACUUGGCUUGCGGUAAUCACAAGUGCAAAGAUUGCUGCCAUGCUGGUGAAUGUCGCCCAUGUAAACUUUCACCUGAAAUAGUGACUUCUUGUCCUUGUGGCAAAAUGCCUAUAGUUCCUCAACAGCGGACUUCUUGCUUGGACCCCAUUCCACUAUGUGAAGGUAUUUGUGGUAAAACUUUGCGCUGCGGCAAACCGGCUCAUCCCCAUCACUGCACCAGCAAAUGCCAUUUGGGCAAUUGUCCACCUUGUAAUAAGCAGACUGCAGUUAAAUGCCGUUGCGGCCAUAUGGAUCAAAUGAUAAAAUGUCGUCACUUAAGCACAAGGGCUGAUGACGCACGGUGUAAGAAGCGUUGUGUUAAAAAACGAUCUUGCGGUAAACAUAAAUGCAAUCAGGAAUGCUGCAUUGACAUUGAUCAUAUUUGUCCACUGCCUUGCAAUUAUACAUUGUCGUGCGGCAAGCAUAAGUGUGAUCAACCCUGUCAUCGCGGUAAUUGCCCACCAUGUUACCGAUCUUCAUUUGAGGAAUUAUUUUGUGAAUGCGGAGCAGAGGUUAUCUACCCACCUGUGCCUUGCGGCACUAAGCGACCGCUUUGCAAGAGGCCGUGUUCACGUAAGCAUCCUUGCGACCAUUCUCCACAGCACAAUUGCCACUCUGCUGCAAGUUGUCCUCCAUGCAUGAUGUUUACCACUAAAUGGUGUUUCGGGCAACAUGAGCAGCGCAAAACCAUUCCAUGCUCACAACAGAGUUUUAGCUGCGGCAUGGCUUGCAAUAAACCGUUGCCGUGUGGUCGACAUAAAUGUAUAAAAACUUGUCACGAAGGUAUUUGCCAGGUGGCAGGAGAGAUUUGCAAGCAAAGUUGUCCCAUACUGAGAGCAUCAUGCGGUCAUAAGUGCAUGGCCCCUUGCCAUGAAGGCGACUGUCCUGAAACCCAGUGCAAGGAAAUGGUCGAGGUUCAGUGCGAGUGCGGUCAUCGUAAACAGAUGCGUCCUUGUCAUGAGUUAGCACGUGAGUACAGUCGCAUUGCUACUGCUCAAUUGGCUUCGUCUAUGGCUGAAAUGCAACGCGGUAAUUACAUGGAGUUGAGUGAGAUUUUAGCUCCAGUCAAGUUUUCUAAUAAAACCAACAAAACUCUUGAUUGUAAUGAUGAAUGCCGCUUGAUGGAACGUAAUCGCCGUCUAGCUGUCGGUUUGCAGACACGUAAUCCCGAUUUACCGCAAAAAUUAAUGACAAAAUAUUCUGAAUUUAUACGUAAUUUUGCUAAGCGUGACCCGGCUUUGGUGAAAUCUGUUCAUGAAGCCUUAACCACAUUAGUUAAAUUGGCCAAAGAGAGUAAACAGAAAUCACGUUCGCAUUCAUUUCCCACCAUGAAUCGUGAAAAGAGACAACUCGUUCAUGAAAUGUGUGAGAUGUUUGGCGUCGAAUCUGUGGCUUAUGAUGCUGAACCAAAUCGUAAUGUCGUAGCUACGGCCUAUAGAGACAGGUGUUGGCUUCCAGUUACCAGCAUUAUGGAUGUUAUACAACGUGAAUCUGGUCAACGUCGUGUGCCGGUGCCCAGUAAUAAUGCUUGGGGCUCGAAAAGAUAAUAAAAUUCACCAUUAAUAUAUACACUUCUAGACACUUUCCUUUGAUUAUUAUUUUCUUCAUGCUCUAACUUUGUUGUUUUGCCACUAUCUUCCCAUAUUUACAACAACAAAAAAUCAAUCUACUUAAAUUGAUUCAUAAAUAAUAUAAAAAAGCGUCAAUUUCCAAUAUGACGGAAUAUGUGUAGAACGAAAAACAAAAACAUUACUCGCCUACAUCUUUGUUCCUUUGCUAUUCAUAUGUACUAUGUAUAAUCCUUUUUCAUUUAAAUUUUUUUUUUCUGCUCAUUAUCAAGUAUAGCUAGUUUCUUGGUAAUGGCUUAUAAACACUGCAAAAAGUAAUAGAAAUAAAUGGAAAUAAAAUUUAGAAAAUCGUAUAUCUACACAUUGAAAUUGUUAUAACAGAAACAAAA